AUAGCAGAGCUCAUCAGUGAGAGGUCCGGGAAUAGCAGAGCCGAUCAGUGAGGAGUCCGGGAAUAGCAGAGCCGAUCAGUGAGGAGUCCGGGAAUAGCAGAGCCAAUCAGUGAGAGGUCCGGGAAUAGCAGAGCUGAUCUGGUAAUAGGGGGGCUGCAGUGUUGGGGCCCCUGGUAUGAAUGGCUCGGGGCAGUUAACACCUGGUUAGUGGGCGUCAGCCUCUUUAGCUCCGCCUUGUUUCGCGCCCAAUCCGCAGGGAGUAAUGUGCGGGGCCCGCGGUCCGGGCCGGGUUUUUGUAGUUGCUGGUGACAGGUGGGGGGUGCUGGGAUGUCUGAGGGUCUUCAUAACGGUACAGAUGACGAGGAGGGGGGGGUCCCAUUCUAUGUGAACAGGGGGGGGCUCCCUAUCGAUGAGCCCACCUGGGAGCGGAUGUGGGGGUACGUGGCCCGGACUCAUCCUGAUGGUGAGAAUCUGGUGAGGUCUAUACGGAGCGCGGCGGAGCUGCCCCGGGUGCCGAUCCCACCGGUGCCAGCGCUGACAACCGGGUCCUCAGUGCCCGAGCGGGUGGACACCGUACAGCGCUACAUCCGGGAGCUGCAAUACAAUCACACGGGGACUCAGUUCUUCGAGAUCAAAAAAACACGUCCGCUGACCGGGCUGAUGGACCUGGCCAAAGAGAUGACCAAGGAAGCUCUGCCAAUCAAGUGUCUGGAAGCAGUCAUCCUGGGCAUAUUGCGAGGACCCCGGGCAAGCUUCGGGCCGGCAAGUUGCAGCUUCCUCGUACGUGACAACACGCCAUGUACAUGAAUGGAGGGGGUGUGACGACUAGUACAUGGACAUGAAUGGAGGGG